AUGAGAGAAGUCAUAUUCAGAGCGAGAGAAGUCAGAUCCAGAAGCGAGAGAAGUCAGGUCCAGAGAGAGAGAGAGAGAAGUCAGAUCCAGAGUGAGAGAAGUCAGAUCCAGAGUGAGAGAAGUCAAACCCAGAGCGAUAGAAAUCAGACCCAGAGCGAGAAAAGUCAGGUUCAAAGCGAGAGAAGUCAGAUUCAAAGGGAGAGAAGUCAGAUCCAAAAAGAGAAGUCGGAUCCAGAGUGAGAGAAGUCAGAUCGAGAGCGGGAGAAGUCAUAUUCAAAGCGAGAGAAGUCAGAUUCAGGGCGAAAGAGCGAGAGAAGUCAGAGUGAGAGAAGUCAUAUUCAGAGCGAGAGAAGUCAGAUACAGAGUGAGAGAAGUCAGAUCCAGAGUGAGAGAAGUCAGAUUUAG